AUGGGGUGUGGAGCUCGAAUGUUCAGUAGGAGGAUCUGUCUCGAGACCGACACCCGGAGCAUCAAUGAACGAAGGACAGAAGGAUGUGGAUCCUUUCGGCGUCUAAAAUGAAGACAAUAUCAGCGAAAUGUUCUUCUUUUUAUGGCUGAAAAUGUGGAUAUUAUUUGGACACGAACCGAGGAAUGGAGCGUCGAUCCAGUCUGUGAGAGCUGCGUUCCAUUUAUGCUAAUUUAACAGACAGUAAUCAAAGGCAAUACAGCCAUUCGCAUGUUAUCGUUUGUACCGACUGAAUGCUAGCCUGUGCUGAUAAUUAUUUUUAUUUAAGAUAUAAUCAUCAAGUCGUGUUAAAUGUUUUAUCAAUGAGAAGAACAUCUAUGGUGACAGUUCUCAGCUAGCAGACAAGGUGUUAGUGGUCAAAUUAUCAUUUUGAAAACGCCAGCCAUGUCUAAGAACAAGAGCAGUGAGUCAGUCAAGGUGGUUGUUCGAUGUCGACCUCUGAACCGGAAAGAGGAGUCCAACGGGCCCUCUGGGGGCAUUGUGCAGAUGGACCUACGGCUUGGACAGGUGAUCCUCAGGAAUCCUCGAGCGUCACACAGCGAACCCAAGAAAACGUUCACAUUUGACGGCGUGUAUGAUGCCAAUUCCAAACAACGGGAUCUGUACGACGAGAGCGUUAGGCCGCUGAUUGAUUCUGUUUUGGCAGGAUUCAAUGGUACCAUUUUUGCUUAUGGGCAGACCGGCACUGGGAAGACGUACACCAUGCAAGGGAUGUGGUUGGACCCCGAGAAACGGGGUGUGAUCCCCAACGCCUUUGACCACAUCUUCACACACAUCUCCCGCUCGCAGUCUGAUAAGCAGUAUCUGGUACGGGCGUCCUACCUGGAGAUCUAUCGCGAGGAGGUCCGGGAUCUCCUGGAUCCCAACCACGGCAACGCCCGAGGGCUGGAGCUAAGAGAGAGUCCAGAGACUGGCGUCUACGUACCAGAUCUCACCUCUUGUGUCUGCAAGAGCAUCAAGGAGAUAGAGGAGGUGAUGAAUGUGGGCAACCAAGCGAGGGCAGUGGGUGCCACGGACAUGAACGAACAUUCAUCCAGGUCUCACGCCCUGUUCCUGAUCACGGUGGAGUGUGGCCAGCCGGGCCCAGAUGGGAGAAAGCACAUCAGGGUUGGUCGCCUCAACCUGGUGGAUCUGGCUGGUAGCGAGCGCCAGGCUAAGACAGGCGUCCAAGGGGAGCGUUUGAAAGAGGCGGCUAAGAUAAACCUUUCUCUGUCGGCGUUAGGGAAUGUGAUAUCAGCCCUCGCAGAUGGGCGUAGUGGCCAUGUGCCAUACCGGGACUCAAAGCUGACCCGUCUAUUGCAGGACUCACUAGGUGGCAACGCCAAGACCGUCAUGGUCGCCACUUUAGGCCCCUCCCCCCAACACUAUGAUGAAACCCUCACCACCCUCCGCUACGCCAACCGAGCCAAGAACAUCCAAAACCAGCCUAGAGUCAACGAGGACCCCAAAGACGCCCUUCUCCGAGAGUUCCAGCUGGAAAUCGCUCGGCUCAGGGCCCAGCUCAACCACAGGAAGUGGAGGAGCCAGCAGAAGAAGGAGCAGGUAGACGACGACGGGGAUGAAGACCCCGAAUGUGAAGAGGAGGAGGAGGUGGAGAAGGAGGCAGAGGACUACGUGAAGCAAGAGGAGCAGCGUCUGGAGCGGGAGAAGGAGGCCAUCAGAGGAGAUCGAUCUCUUCUGGCUGAGGAAAAGCAGAGGCUUCUCGGGGAGAAGGAGAGGAUGAUGGGGGAUCUUCGGAAGGAGCAGGAAGCCACGGAGCAGCUGACUGCCAAGUACAAGGCGAUGGAGAGCAAGCUGCUGGUUGGCGGAAAGAACAUCAUAGAUCACACCAACGAGCAGCAGAAGAUGCUCGAGGUGAAAAGGCACGAGAUUGCUGAGCAGACACGCAGGGAGAGGGAGAUGCAGCAGCAGAUGUUGGUGCAGGAUGACGAGACGCUGGAGCUGAGGGAGACUUUUACUUCUCUGCAGCAAGAAGUCGAGGCCAAGACCAAGAAACUCAAAAAGUUGUAUGCCAAGCUUCAGUGCAUCAAAGCUGAGAUCCAGGAUGUGAAUGAUGAACACGUCAGGAGCCGGCAGGAGCUGGAGCAGACACAGAAUGAACUCACGAGAGAGCUCAAGUUCAAGUACAUGAUCAUCGAGAACUUCAUCCCUCCAGAGGAGAAGAAUAAGAUCAUGAGCAGAAUGACUUUUGACACCGAAGAGGAUCAGUGGAAGUUCCAACCUCUCGUUCCCACCGAGAGUAAACCCUUACAGAUGAAGAAAAGGCCGGCAUCUGCAGUCGGAUACAAACGACCCAUCAGCCAGUAUGCAAGGGUUGCCAUAACGAUGGGAGCUAACACCAGAUUCAGGGCUGAGAACAUCAUGUUCCUGGAGCUGGACAUGAACCCUCCAAACACCAACUCACUGGGUCGCUUGAAGGAUGCGGAGCAGGACCAAAGCUCCUCUGUGGACAACUCGCCUACCAAUGACACAAGUGUCCACAAAUCUCCCUCCUGGUGUCAAAGCCAAAAAUCCAUCACUUCCUCCUCCUCUAACGUGUCCCUGACAGCUUGCACGACGGCCGUGCCCGCGGCGGCACAGUGAAGCUUGUGCAACAUGUGUGUGGGUGUUUUUUUUUUUAUUGUUAUUUAUUUUACUGCAAAUUUCGGUGCUGGGACAGUAAACACAAAAUACCACCUCUUUCAACUUGUUGCAGGAAACUAAAGGACCUUAAGAAGCUUAUCAAGAGAAAAUAACGGAACCUUUUGUUGCAUGUGGUAGUCUUUUCAUGUUUAGAUAAAUGACACGUGUGUAUGAGUGUGUGUGUGUGUGUGUGUCACCAAAGUGGCUUUUAACCCGUGUGUAAUAUCAGUGUACAUAUUUAAUGUAUUUGUGUCUUCUAGGGUGAAAUGAAAUUCCAUUAUGCAUUCCUUUAAAGAGGUAACGUCCCUACGGUUUUUGCGCUGCACAGCAGAAAAUGGUAACGUGUGGUGUUGAGCGUCAACUCGGGACACACUGUGUACCCUACUGACCCAAAUAUAAGACAACAACUCUUUUUUCGAGGCCCAAAUAUUUUUUAAGACAAUUUUUUUUUCCAACAACAAAAUAAAAACUCUUUAAAAUUAGCAUCACAACAACAAACUAGGAUCUGUUUGCUAACUUGCCAACCUUUCAGAGACUUUUCCAUGGUGACGACUGCGAGUGACAGGAAGAAAAGCUCUGAUUUACUUGGGGAGAAGUCAGACUUUUUUUUCUACGUGGGGGAAACAGUAUCUUGCAUUUGGGUCAAUACGGUAAUUUAAAUGAUAGCAUAUAGAAUGUUUUAAAAUCGAAUUAAAAUGGAAAAAAAGUCAUAAAGAAUCAGAAGUAUGGUACGAUAAACUGAUCAGAUAAUAUCAGAUAAAGACAGCCAAAACAUCCCUUUUAGCGGAUGUUAUGCAAAUUCUGGCUUUGCAAACAUUAUGAAACACAUUUAUGUGGAGACAUGAGCAAGUGAAAGUGGAAAUUGGAUGAGUCGAUUAAUUGAUCAUUAAGAAUGUGCUGGAUUACGGCGAAUUGACUGUAAAUUCAUCGCGUUCGGCGAGGCAAAAUGGAGUGCACUACUUGGCAGUGACCAGCAGAGGUGCUGUUGGUUGAGUCUCAACUAGCUUGUGGUCUAAAGAAGACAAACAGGAGUUCAGAACAUUCACACGACGAGAUUUCCCCGAAAAAGCUAAAGUGGAUUCAUUGUUAAUUUUCUCCAUCGUCUUUGGCCAUUCAACUGAACAAAGACCAUUCAGUGAUCAGUGAAAAGAAAGGUUAUAUUGACAUAUCGUGAAAGAAGUGGAUAUUAUGAUCGUUGUUUACAUUUUUGGGGGAAAUGUUAUUAAAGAAAAAAAUACAAUUUCAAUGUCCUGCUAAGGAGUAAACGUGAUUUCACAAAAUUUCAGCGCACACCGGACAAAGUAGGUGUUUUUAGGGUGGGAGCUGCAGUGUGUUCCCAUCUGUUUCAGUCACUCGCACGCGUGAGUGGUGGUCACCGAGCAUAUCCGAGCACCUAAAUGACCCACUUUGUUCUGCAAGGACGUGCUCACGUCUGUGUCGUUCGAUGAAAGUGGAAGAACACGCAAUUUACCUUUAAAACAGGAAGUGGAUCAUGUCGGUAUAAAGUGAUUGUGGUAAUAUGGAAUAGGUGGGUUACAGAUGCAGGAUGUUUUAAAGGGAAAACUGUAUUAGUCAGGGUAGAUUUUCAUUGUGUACAUUAAUAAUGCUUUUUGUUUAUUUUUUUUUUAAUGAUUUUUGUCCGCUAUU